AUGCAUCGUGAUCUUGAAUCUGAAGAUAUCAUCUAUGCCGUGUUAGAACACGUCAAGUCAUCUGUGAAGGACUUGGUGAACAUGGCGAUGACCUGCUCCACACUGGCAGGUCCCACCCUCGAUAUCCUCUGGUCCGAACAGUCAAGUUUGGCACCCCUCAUUAUGUGUCUGCCACAAGACACCUGGAAGGUCGCAAAGGACCAAACUAUUGAUCUUUACAGAGAGCUAGCUCCUACCGAGUGGGAGCACCUCAGAAUGAAUGCAUCAAGAAGGAUUUUCAAGCAGUUCCCUCCCGCCACACACUUCCCAAACCUUUGCGCAUUGGAUUUCGAGGCCAUAUUUGGUCGGUCAAAGUGUAGUUCAAGAUUCUUGCUACUUCGGCAGUUCAUGUUGCCUGGAUUGGAAGUGCUAAGAUUUGAUAUACCUGGAGGCGUCCCAACAUAUGAAGUAGAGCAAUUGCUUGAUUGCUCUUCCCGCAGAAGCGUACGGCCUGCGUCAACUGUCGAUAUCGGCGGGCCAUGGUACCACGACUUUUACAGUUCCCCCGAGUUUCAGAAAGCUGUCCAAACGAUCAUUAAUAUCCAGCAAGCUCGGUGUCUUCAAACCCUCAUGCUUACUUUGUGUGGGACCUCCAAUGAUGCAGGUGGUAUGCCCCUUGAAUUGCAUAGUCUCAAACACCUCUGUCUCUUUGGCAGUUCCUUACCACAGUGCACACACUUCAUUCGUCAAGUCGCCACCCGACAGCUAUCAUAUAUCAGUAUCAAGUACUCCAAACCUGCUUCCCCAACCGAAAUUACUGCGUUUGUGGAAUCAUUGUCCACCUCGUGCCAGAUUGGGUCCUUGGAACAGAUAUAUGUGAUGGACACAUCAGAUGACCGUGACCCUAAGCACGCCAUCCCACUCCCCUCCGAAAUCUUCCGGCCCUUGCUCAAGUUCAGCAGGCUGUCGUCUGUGAAAUUCAUCGGCAUUGGAAAUUACAAUCUUGACGAUAGGUUCAUCAAUGAUAUUGCAGUUGCCUGGCCGGAAAUUUGGGAAUUGAAGUUCGCUGCAAUGAGAUGUGCCAGUUAUACCGUCACCUUCACUGCCAUGAUAUCACUGGCGUCAAGGUGCAGAUCGUUGCAUACCUUACAUCUGAUGGUCGAUGCUACACAAUCGACGACAAUUCCCCGAGCACCGGACGGGACGGAAGAGCUUUGGCCCAUGCAAACAGCCCUUCAAAAGCUGCAUCUUGGAUACUCCGAGGUGUCAGAAGUUGCGCGCUGUCCUGCAUGA